UUUCUGGGAUCCGUCAUUCCCCGCACACGUUUUCUUUUUUUCUCCCCUUUUCUAAAGAGGGUCCGUCAGGCCUAUCCUGUUAAUUCAACAUAAUAAAGUCGAAAUUGACCGGGGGGCUGGGUGGGUUGGCAGCCGAAAAGUGAGACGGGAGGAGAUGUUAAAGGGCAAAGCGUUACGGCAAAAUCCUGCCGUGUUAUUCCUCACCACCUGCACGUCAUAACGCCGUAUCUUGCCUUAAUUAUUGCUGACUGUAGUCUACCCUGCGUUAUGCCAGCGAUCAGCUCUAUAGCUUUAACCUUUUCCCAUUCCAAGAGCGAGCCGAAUUCCUUUGCCUCCCUUUCGUUCUUUCUGGACGGCAGUUUUGCGCACUAUGUAACAGGGACUGCAGCGAUGAGCACGGGGGUGCGGGCGGGGGAGCGUCUUCUCUCUUCUGCCCUGCACAAAAUGUCCUUCUCCACCCGGGAAUGACCGUCGAGGGAGCGGCAUUCGAGUGUAGGCCUGGGGGAACCCCAGAACUGUGCUGCUGCACCAGGCUAGAGGCCCACCUCGUCCCGCAUCGCUUUCUCCACCCAGGUGCCAGUCCCAAGCCGACUCGGGCGAGCCCUUCAUCCUUGUUUCCCCCUUCACUCGUACUCAGAGGUGGACUUGCUUAGCAGGGAUACCACAGCCAUCUUCCGAUGUGAUGGGAGACAGAACACCAUUGUUUUCUAUCGUUCCACAAGGAGACGCCCCAAACUAGGGGAUUAGCAGGUUCAAUAAAGCAGAUUCGGAGUAAACGUUAGCGAAAAGCUUCCUCCUGUUAAGAAGAGGGCUGUUCCGCAGGGGAACGGACUACCUCUGCAAAUGGCGGACUGUCUUUUGUUGGGGGCUUUUAAUCGAAGGUUGGAGGGCAAUCUGAUCGGGAGGCUUUUUAAGCUGGCGGUCCAGCUUUGGAAACAAGUUGAACCAGAUGGCCAUUGGGGGUCACUUCCUCCUGUACGGUUCCGUAACUUUUCUCUGCUGGAGACGCGGUAGAGCCGUUGUGAGUGACACUGAAAAAUCUUAUCCGCACGUGUUUCAGCCGCAGGAAGACAGAUUGCGGUGUUGACCCGCGCCUGCAAACUGACAUCACACGAAGCCGACCCUCGGACGUGAUUCUAUAUGGUGUAUCUCUAUGGGACGGAAGUUGUACCACUGUGACCUUUAGGAGGCGGGAAAGGAAGGCCGGCGCUGAUUGGUUGGUCUUCUCGAAGAGGAGAUUUUCCAUUGGUCCCUGCAGAGCGGGAGGUCAAGAGCAGUGGGCGUGGCCUGGUCUCUUCCUCAAGGCCUGUCGGCCGCGCUUGUUUCGGAAGGAGAGCCCGAGGAUGACGGGGAACCGGGAGAUCUUGAAACUUUUCAGAUCUUUGCAUAGGACGAGGCAAGAGGUUUUCAAAAAUGACUUAAGAACCUUGGAAGCUGCAAGACUUAAGAUAAAUGAAGAAUUCAAAAAGAACAAAGAAGAAACUUCUUCUGGAAGAAUAGCUGAGCUUAUAAAAAUAGGUUCAGAUGUAGAAGCUAUACUCAGGACAUCUGUCGUUCAAGGUGUUCGUGUGAACCCUGACAGAAUGUUACUGAUACUAAGAAAAGGCCUGCAGCUAAACGAUCUGUCUUUCACUGAUUCUCCAACAAAGAAGUCAUGAACUGAAAGAAGGUCCGUCUGAGGUAAAGUUGGCUUCCAGUUUAGUUGGCUGGUGCUUUAGCAUGGAUGAGACUGACGUAGGAACAGCUGAGAGAGAAAAACAACUAGAGGAAAUGAAGGAGGUUAAAAUUGUUUCCUGGUCCAAGAGAGUGCACCCAUCUUUUUUCCUCAGUGAAUCAGUGUUGAAGAAUAUUUUGCUGUUGGAUUAAAACUGAUCUAGCAAAAUUCCCCAGGCCUUAGAGUCUAAGACAAGCUUUUUGGAAACCAGUUGUGGCUAAAAGAAGCCGCUCCACAAAUUUAAUAUUUUGGCUGGCGUGACAAAACCCUAAACAUUUCCUGCUUUGCUUCACUCACCAAAUAAUGCAUGCAACUCAUGCUGUUCCAAAGGUUAUAUGUCCCAUUCAGAAACUUGGAGUUGAGCUAACACAUUUUAGGCUUUGUUUAGUCUGGAUGAAGAUAGAGGAUAAUGGUGGUCUGUAUAGGUUUUUCACUAAUUGUGAAAAGCCUUGUUCUGUAAAGAAGCAUAUUACAACAUCUAUGUUUCUAUUUCAAGAAAUAUAGAGAUGAAUUAUAGCAGUCUGUAGGCCUGGCUCUACCUUUAGGCAAAGUGAGCUGGCAGCUUCAGGAUGCAGAUUUUUCAUGACACAGAACAGCAGAGAGGAAGAGUUACUUCAUUACAAUCAUUGUGCUUUUGUUGCUGGGGAAUGGGAGAAGUGCUUGUGACAUUCUCUGCCCCAGUGCAAAGGAAACUUGAUCAGCCUUGGGCAUUAAGCAACUUGACUUGCUGAGGAGGAGAAACAUCUUCUAAUUCAUCAUAAGCAGCAAAAUAGUUUUAACUGGCCCUGGUAGUCUAUGUCCAGUAUCUUGUUGUGUUACACAACCACGGAAGGCCAAUUGUAUAAGCAUUCCUUUCACUCCAGCAAGCUACUCUUUUGAGUGCUUGGUCUCACAACUGCUUGACAAUUGGUUGCACAAACGCUUCUGUGACUGGUCAUACAACAGUGCCCUUUCAGAGUUGAGAAAUUAUUGUGCAGUUAUCUUUAUACUGUGAACACAACAUUGGCCCAUUUGUUUCUGGCAUUAACUAACUGGUGUGAUGUAGUGCUGAAAGAGCCAGAUUACAACUCAGGAUAGCUGGGUUCAAAAUCCCCCCUUGGCCACGAAACUCACACCAUCAGGCCAGUCACAAUCUCUCAGCUAGACUUACCCCACAGUGUUGCUGUGAGGAUAAAAUGGAGGGAAGAGACCUAUAUAUGCUGCCUUGUACUCCCUGAAGGUUAUACACACAACAAACAUUUUUUUUCAUAAUGACUGUGUAUGUUUUGAAGCUCCACAUUUAUAUCACACACUAAUCAUUUUCAGAUACAAAGGCAUGUGAUAUCAUGCAUGUCCAUGCUCCACCAGUUGACUACUUAACGUGGUCCUGGACCUUCACUAGGAACAAAAUGUCCCCGAAGAGAGAGGUUCCUUGGGGAGAAGAGGCAGUGGAAGUGUUCAGGAGUUGCAACACCCCUCUCUAGACUUGUGUCUACUUCAUUAUCGAGACUCACUUGACAGCUCUUCAGUCAUCACCCACCCACCAGGAGUCCCACUUGAUAGCUCUUCCGUGGCCAUCUACACCUGAAGAUACAGGCCUGGCCUUGUCAUGUCUGGUUUUGCCUUCAGACGCUGAGAAACCAAAUCUACAAUUUAAUCCAGCCAAAACAGGCUGCAUAAGCAAAGAAAUAAAGAAGAAUUCCACCCCUGGAGGCUGUUGAUUGAAUUUCCUCUCUCAGCUUGCCAAACAAAGGGAUGCCAGGUAUUCACACACAUGCGCACCUCCUCCCCAUUGCCUUCCAUUGAAACUCAAGGUUCCUUUUUGGUGGGAAUUUGGUAGCAUUUGAAACCUAUACUUGAGACUUGUGUUUUCAACCCACAUUUUGAAACUCACCUUUAAGAAAGAGACCAAGCAUAGACAUCUGCCAUAAUUUUUGGAACGUUCUUCCUUUCACCCAUCCAGAAAACAGUGAUGCUCAGCCUGACAAAGACUUGUGCCAAUCAAAACUAGUAUUUAUAAUGUUCUUAGUGUUCUAUUAAAGGGAUCUCCUACUCUUGGUUUUAGACUGUGUACAAGAACUGCAUGCCCUCUUUUUUCCUGCUCAAAUACAAAAUGUAGCUGUCUGUAAUCACUGAAGGCAAGAUAAAUAAAUACACAAGAGAGAACACAUCUUUAUAAGGCAAUGUACCUGGAGUCAAAGGUAUUGCAUCUCUUUGUGUGUCUAAAUCUUGAGCAGAUAAACAGAAGGAGAUAGCGACUGGUUAGGUAUAAACUGUAUUUUGCAUUGUAUCUAUUACCCCAAACCUCAUGCAGAGAACACUUAAAAUCUGCCAGGAAAGAUUUAUUUUGACACAGCGCAUUCCUUUCCUGACUACUUUAAUGACAAGCCUUCCUUUUCUCAGACUGUCGGGCAGGUGGGGGGUGAUGAAUGGGUUUUUGUUUGUCUUGUGCUAAAUCCCCCACUCUGUGGCAUCUCAUGACGUUCCUAACAUCAGGACAAUGUGGGGAGGAGGGAAAAAGAGAGAUCCUUCACAGUUUAUGGCUUUUAUUUCCUCUUGUCUUUCUGUGUUGGUUUGUUUUCUGGGCCUGUCUUCAUGGACUUGGCGCCAUCUUUCUCUUUUACCAACGACAUUACUGUUAUAUGAGAGAGGGAGGGAGAUUGAAGAUAUUCUUUACCGAGAUAUUCUUUACAGAGAUAUUUUUCUCCUAUUACACACUAAGGAGUGCUGCCGUGGUCCUUUUUACAAAGCACUUGCAGACAAGCAGCAGCAUGUUUAAUGGUUACCCAUAUUGAUGGGGAAGGAUUUGCCUGUGGGGACAGCA